GUGGACCCCGUGCACUGCCAGCAGUAGCACUCUGUGAAUGACAUCUUGACUGGGUGACCCUCACAUGCUCCCCGCCUGCUGAUUUUACGUCCUUGCUCUUUCACUGCAGCCUGUCCGUUGUCCGUGUUGGGCUAACCGUGACGCGGGGAUUGUCGUGGACCUCUUCCCCCCCCCAAAUCGGAAUUGAAAUAGAUUGUCCACUCUACAUCCAGUCUAUCCCCCACAUACUUGACCGAAGUCGCGUCCACACAUUCCAAAAUGACGGACAAUUUGACAUCGGCCAUGGCCAAGCUCAAUCUACACUCCCAGACCCUCAGCGGGGCGACCUUCGACGCAAGACUCGCCGACGAGCAGAGCGGCAUUUAUAAGGAUUGCAAGCCGCGACAGAAGGCCCGCCAGAAUGCGGCUGAUCUAAAAGAAGAGCUCGAGAGUGAUUUCCUGACCCCCUCGUCUGAGUUUAGUCCCGAAUGGCUGAACCGUUUGCAAAGGAAAUGGGACGUCUCUACCGACUAUACCGACAUCUUUGAGAUUGCCGGUACUCAAACGCGCACUAUCGUCCGAUUCGAUCGCGAUGGUCUGGAAGGACGCGUCACUGGUUAUCAUGAAGUGACCGUUCCGGCCACCAGUGCAAAUGCGAAGAAUUCGACUUCUCUUCUUCGUCGACCGGCCGGUCGUGCGGAUUUCGUGAGAGGCGCGGCAGGGUUUUUCCCGUUCGCUCCAGGUGGGUUGGAGGGGGUGGAGGCCAUUGCUGAGAUGGAAUCUGAAGCCCAGACUGCAGAGCAUCCCAGAGCCGGUGGAAAGCAGUCGGGUCUUGACCGGAUUAUCAACUUUGGCGCUGAAGGUGGUCUCCUGGAAAUCGCCCCGGGGUUUUCUCGAGGACUGAAGUUUGAGGAAGCUAAGUCUAAAGAGGCUGCUGAGGGGGAUGAAGAAGUGGAGCAUGCCCUACAGCAGGAAGAGAGCGACCUUCAUGUCGAGCCGGACGAGACAGCCUCGGAUGCGGGAGGCGUCAAGAUUGACGACGAAGCGGAACUUAGUGACGAGGAAGACAUCGAUUCCUUGCUUCCAGUCGAGUUCCCGGCAUUGGAACCCCACGCGCCGCUGCUCGCAGGCGUCCAGCAAAGGAAAACUGGCAGAGAAUGGGCCCAUGUCGUCGACGUCAAUAAGGAUAUCCCGAAUUUCCGCGAACUCGUCCCGGAUAUGGCGCGAGAGUGGCCGUUCGAGUUGGACACCUUCCAAAAGGAGGCUGUCUACCAUCUCGAAUGUGGCGACUCUGUGUUCGUCGCUGCCCACACAUCGGCUGGUAAAACGGUUGUUGCCGAAUAUGCUAUCUCACUAGCCGCGAAACACAUGACCAAAGCGAUCUACACGUCACCUAUCAAGGCUUUGAGUAACCAGAAGUUUAGAGACUUUAGAACUGAGUUUGACGAUGUUGGUAUCCUGACAGGAGAUGUCCAGAUCAAUCCGGAAGCCAGCUGUCUGAUCAUGACCACCGAAAUCUUACGAAGCAUGCUGUACAGAGGCGCGGAUCUGAUCCGAGACGUGGAAUUUGUGAUCUUUGAUGAAGUGCAUUAUGUCAACGACCUGGAGAGAGGUGUUGUUUGGGAAGAGGUCAUUAUCAUGCUUCCUGAACACGUCACUCUAAUCCUUCUGUCCGCUACGGUCCCUAAUACCUACGAGUUUGCCUCUUGGGUUGGUCGUACGAAGAAGAAGGACAUCUACGUCAUCUCGACUGCAAAGAGACCCGUUCCCCUCGAGCAUUAUCUCUGGGGCGGCAAGCAGAAGUAUAAGAUCGUCGAUUCGAACAAGCGGUUCCUCGAGAACGGGUGGAAAGAGGCCGAUGAGAUCAUCUCCGGGAGGGAUAAGAUUAAAGCUCAGAAGGCUGUCGAGGCCCAGGCCCAGUCGCAGGCGAGCAGAGGAGCUCCUCAGGGACAGGGACGAGGACGUGGCCAGGCUGGUGGAAGAGGAAACAUCGCCCGCACCGGGAGAGGUGGUGGACGGACGACAGCUGCGCAGGACAAGACUGUCUGGGUGCAACUGGUUCAGCAUCUUCGCAAGGAUAAUCUGCUGCCUGCCUGCAUUUUCGUCUUUUCUAAGAAGAGAUGUGAGCAGAAUGCCGAUUCCCUGUCCAACCAAGAUUUCUCCACUGCCUCAGAGAAGAGUUUGACCCAUAUGUUCAUCGAGAAAUCCCUCACGAGGCUCAAGCCAGAAGAUCGGACUCUCCCACAAAUUCUUCGGCUCCGUGACUUGCUGAGCAGAGGUAUCGCUGUGCACCAUGGCGGUCUUCUACCGAUCAUGAAGGAAAUCGUCGAGAUUCUAUUUGCCAAGUCACUGGUCAAGGUUCUGUUUGCUACUGAGACAUUCGCUAUGGGUCUUAACUUGCCGACCCGUACAGUGGUUUUCUCCGGAUUCCGCAAGCACGAUGGAAAGAGCUUCCGAGACUUGCUGCCCGGCGAGUAUACCCAGAUGGCUGGACGUGCUGGACGGAGAGGUCUUGAUACUGUUGGCUAUGUCAUUAUCGUCAAUCCUGGCAGAGAUGAAGCCCCUCCGGCGGGUGCCCUGAGAAGGAUGAUCCUUGGGGAUCCAACCAAGCUGCGGUCCCAGUUCAGACUGACAUACAACAUGAUACUGAACCUUCUACGCGUGGAGGCCCUGAAAAUCGAAGAAAUGAUCAAACGAAGCUUCAGUGAGAACGCCACUCAGGCCCUUCUCCCGGAGCAUGAAAAGCAGGUGCAGCUUUCUGAGGCCAGUUUGGCGAAAAUCAAGCGAGAGCCUUGCGACAUUUGUGAUAUCGACCUUGCAGCGUGCCACGACGCGGCUAUUGAGUAUGAAAAGCUCACCAGUGAGCUCCACGUGGGACUGCUCUCAUCACCUGUUGGGAAGCGUCUCUUCGUGCCGAAGCGCCUAAUUGUGUACAGAAAGGAGGGCUACCGCACUGCAGGUAUCAUUGUUCGAGAGGGCGUUGUGGGAGGUCCGUCGCCUGGCAUACAGGUUCUUGAGAUCGGAAAGCUAGGCAGCAGGCGCCAUCCCAGCGACAUUCUUCCUUUCCUCCCCGGAUUUAAACAUCUACUACAACCUUUGCCGACUCGUUCUGCCGACAUGGCGUUGAAAUCCUACAAGGUACCCCUCAUGGACCUCGAAUGCGUCACAAACACGGUAGUGAAGCUAGGAGGCCCGAUCUGGUACCUCAACAUCAAGAAGGAGGCCAUCAAAUUCGCCGACAAGGAGCUGUCGAAGUACUGCGCUUCGUGGACGACUCCGGUUUGGGACGAGAUGGACUGGGCGCGGAUCAAGGAAUUGCAGGUCAGAGACAUCCUGGAGAAGCGGCAGAAGCAGGCCGCCAUCGCCCAAUCAUGCAAAUGCCUGCAGUGCCCGAGCUUCUCGAAACAUUUUGAAAUGCAACACGACGAAUGGCAGGUCAAGGAGAACAUCUCGCAGUUGAAACAACUCAUGUCCGACCAGAACCUUGCCCUGCUGCCGGAUUACGAGCAGCGUAUCCAGGUUCUGAAGGAGCUGGGCUUUGUGGAUGAGCAGUCUCGCGUGCAGCUCAAAGGAAAGGUCGCGUGCGAGAUCCACUCCGCCGACGAGCUCGUUCUGACCGAGUUGGUCCUCGAAAACGUGCUGGCCGAGUACGAGCCCGAGGAGAUCGUCUCUCUGUUGUCGGCGUUUGUCUUCCAAGAGAAGACGGAGAAUGUCCCGACAUUGACGCCUCGCCUGGAGAAGGGCAAGGAGGCCAUCGUGAAGAUCUCGGAACGGGUGAAUGACUUCCAGAUUCUACACCAGGUCAUCCAGACGAGUGAAGAUAGCAACGACUUCGCCAGUCAGCCGCGGUUCGGGCUGGCCGAGGUGGUCUACGAGUGGGCGAAGGGCAUGUCGUUCAACCGCAUCACCGACCUGACGGAUGUGAUGGAGGGCACCAUCGUGCGGACCAUUACUCGUCUGGACGAGACGUGUCGGGAGGUGAAGAAUGCCGCCAAGCUGGUGGGCGACCCGACGCUGUACACAAAGAUGCAGCAGGCGCAGGAGCUGAUCAAGCGGGACGUGAUCUUUGCGGCGUCGUUGUACAUGUAGACAGACAACUGGCCAAUGUGGGAUAGACAGGUGAAAGGCUGGUUCGGGUUCUGGGGCGAAGAGGAGGGGAAGCUAACCCACGUGGGGAACUUUUUCUUUUUUCUUUUCGUUAUUUUUGUUUUACUGGUAUGUCACUGGUAUGGACAUUUCACUGCUUACUACUAGUAAAUAGUAUUAGAUAGUAGUAUUACUCCGACAUACCUUCGAUAUUGU